UGAAGCAAUGUGGAGGUCCUCGACGUCCUUCCGGUUGAGAACUCUCCUCGGCGCCGGCGCCGGUGCCGGAAACUCCAUUUCCCGGCGCUGCACGGGGCAUCCGACCCGCCUCCUCUCUCUCCCCAUCACGCCGCUCUAUUCUUCCUCCUCUGGCCCCGAAAACUUCCCCGGCUCUGGAGGUGGCACGGCCGGGGAGGAGGAGAAUAUAACUUUCGCGGAGGCGAAGAGAUUGAUGCGGCUGGUGAACGUGGAGUCGCUUAAACAGAGGCUGGGGAUGGAGGUUGAGGAGGUAAUUGAGUACUCGGAUCUCCUUAAGGCUUGUGAAGGUAUGGGGGUGGCGAGGUCGCCUGAGGAGGCUGCAAACUUCGCCAAAGUCUUGGAUGAAGCUGGCGUUGUGCUCUUGUUUCGGGACAAGGUGUAUCUCCAUCCCGAUAAGGUUGUAGAUCUUGUCAGAAGAGCUGUACCUCUAGCCUUGACACCUGAGAAUGAUCCAAGGAGAGAAGAGCUCAAGAAGCUACAAAAGAAGAAAGAAGAGAUUGAUACGCUUGCAUACAGGCAAGUUCGUCGAAUUCUAUGGUCAGGACUAGGCUUUUUUGUGGUUCAAAUAGGUCUGUUCUUCCGGCUUACAUUUUGGGAGUUCUCCUGGGACGUAAUGGAACCUGUUGCAUUCUUCACCACAACAUCAGGCUUGCUUGUUGGAUAUGCCUACUUUCUUUUCACAUCAAGAGAUCCAACUUAUCAGGACUUAAUGAAGAGGCUUUUUUCGUCGAGACAAAGGAAAUUGUAUGAGAAGCACAAUUUCAACAUGGAGAGGUUCAUGGAACUACAGAAUCACUGCAAAUGCCCCCUAGACCACACAGGACUGGAUGCAAUUCACCAUGAUUAGCAUUUAUACAAUCUCUGAGGUUUCUCGUUUUUAAAAGGCGAAUAAUCUUGUAUACUCCCUUGCAUGUUUUUUGAUCUUGAAAGUUGCAAACAAAGUCUUUGUUUUUCUCCUUUUGAACUCAAUGUCUGCAGAAUGCAGUUGCAUGUCAAUUUUGUAACCCAAUACAAACUUAUCAUACAGAAAUGCA